AUGUUCUCAACUGCCAUUCUUCUUGUCACAGCUGCUGUGGCCUCCUCUGUGCUCGCCAAUCCCGUCUCCGACAGCAUGCGUCGCCAGGCAUCCGGCUUUAUCACGGGUGGACAGGCUACCUUUUACUAUCAGGAGGGAGGGUUCGGAUCCUGCGGCCAGCAAAACUCCGACAGCGCACUUAUUGCUGCCCUCUCUGCGGCGGAUAUUGCGCCUGGCGGGGGAGACUGUGGCCGCCGCAUCGAAAUCGUAAAUACGGCGAACGGCAAGAGUGUGGUAGCCGCUGUCGAGGACACAUGCCCCGGUUGUCCUUCUCAUUCGCUUGAUCUGUCUGUUGCUACUUUCGAUGCCAUCGGGGACGAAAGUAGCGGCAUUAUCCCGAUCGAGUACAAAUUCCUCGAUUAG